ACUAAUCACUGUUGUUCACUUGCAAGCAGCAUGUCUGAGUGUUUGGUGCGCGUAUGCCUGGACUGACUGUUUCCUACCCCAAAGGACAAAGGAGCAAAAGCCACAGAGAGGAAGUGGACAGAGACCGGGUCUGUAAAUGGAUGGAGAGAGCAGAACACGUGGAGCAAGAGCCUCCAGAGAGGUUCCAAGAUGCCAUCAAGUCCACCCAAACACCUGUUCGUCUGCGGCGCAGGUCACGGGGUCAAGCAGUGAGUAGCGUUCUCAUCUGGAGAGGCUGGCAUGCUUUGACUCCAGCAGGUGCACUGUGGGCGAUUUGUCACUUUGAGGUGCUACUGGAUUCCUCUGUGUUGCUGGUGGACACAUGCUGGAGGCUUUUGUUGGUGUGCAUGCUGUGUUUGGUCCUGGCCGGCUGUGUCUACACCCUGAAAUGGUGUCUGCAGUCACAACAAAGACAGGUGAAGAUUGUACAUCAAACACAAGAGAAUAUGACUGAAAAGGACAACAACUCAGGGGUGCCUGCACCGAGGAGUCCGGGCAGCCACGUUGGCCUGUCCCUCGGUCUGACCGACUGCCUGAUGUUGUGUGUCCUCCAGGAGCCCCUUGCAGACACCAGCGGUCCUCACAUUAAGGGUCUCCUCUGCAGGAUGGAGUCUGUGUCUGACAUCCUGGAGAAGGCUGAAGCUGCUUCAUACGAAGACGCGAAGGAUCGAGACGACAAAGAUUCGAUACUGGCAGGCAAAGUCAAGCUCCUCCUCACCUACCUGCAAAAGAGGACUGAGUUGCUGCGCAGACUCGUCCAGGUGCAGGGAAACUUUGAGGCCAGUGUCGAGGAAAUGCUGCACAGGCUGAAGGGUCUCUGGACUCAGCUGGAGGAGCAACACACCAGAGUCACCCUCACCAACAAGGAGGGGAGCCAAGACUUUGUAGACCUGGCCUCAGCCCGGUCAGACGCAGAGAUGCUAUUUGCAGUUGUGGGCCAUUUCAAAACUGAGAUUCAGUGCUGUGAGACUCACCUAAAGGACAGCACCCAACUUCUACAGGAGAUGACCUGGAGUCACACACACGCCAGCCACAGUGUGAGCAGCAGCACUGAGUCUGUUUGGCCCGAGCUGUUGCUUCAGUCCAACAUGGAGCAGUUUGACAAGGUUCAGGAGAGUUUCCUGUCUUUGAAGCAACAGACAUCUACAUUCCAGGCCCACCUACAGGGACUCAAAAGGGAAAGUCGGGAUGGACAUACACGAGUCCACAAUCAUACGGGUGGAGCCCUUUCAUCCCCUGUGUCCUCCCAGACAUCCCUUCAUCUCCAGAGUGGACACCCGGGUGAUGUUUCAGCAAAUAAGCAAAACCCAACACCACCCAUGUCUGAGUCUUCAGUGGACGUGGACUCAGAAAGAGACACUCGUCUGUCUCUCUGUGAGAAGUCAGCCCUGCAUUUGUCCACCACUAUGAGACAGAUUCGGAAAUCUGGAAAGAGGAAGUAAACUUUGUGAUUAAUAUGAGCCAUGGAUGGAAUGUUGUGGCCCCUAAAGAUAAAAAGGAGUCACACCAGAGCAGUGAAACUCUUUGAGCACUUAUAUCUCCAGAUCACUCAGUGACUAGUUUCAGUUAACACACUGUGAGGUUGUGAUACAAGACAGUGAAUGUUGGAUGUACUGAUUCAGAAAAACGGGUGAAACUUCAGCGCUGUUGUAUGAAUUAGAAAUUACAGUGCUAGUUGGUGCUAAUGUGAUUUUCAGGACAUUGUGCUUGUUUGUGAAAAGGUGUUCGGCAGAAUUCAGCAGGGGAACUGAACGAAGAUGUUCGGGUGUAGCCUUCCACUGCCUCCAUCCAGGAAAACGUCGGCACCACACAGUGACUUGAUAUUAGCUAUGUAGCGGCUGAUGUAAUGGUGGCCAGCAGGUGGUGCUGUGCAGUGAGUAAAACCUCAUUCCAAAAGGCCAAAAGGUGUUCUAGUGAGAGACAUGGAGACCUUGUGAUUAGAGCGUCUCCCUCCCAUCCUGGGAAUGAAGUGACACAAGUUAGACUGAGGUGAAAAUAUCUUGACAAAACCAGUCUUGGAAUGGCAAAUAGUCCAUGAGCCAGUCAUCAAUUUUGACCUAAUCGGUACCACUGAAGGUGACUAAACAACACUUAGAAUCCAGCCUCAGUGUAUCAUGGCCUACACAAAAAUGUAUGAUAGCCAUCCGAGGGUGGUAGCUGCAGCCAGGUUGGGGUUACAUAGAGGUCAAAACUGUAAAAUGCUCCAAUCAUGUUGAAAACUAUAUCACAUUAUUUGUCUGAUCAUAAAAAUUCCAAAAAAAAGUAUAGUUUGUACUAUCUAUGAUGGAAUGUUCUGAGGUUAUGGGG